ACAUAUAUUUAAUAUUAAUAUCAUUUAUCGUAUUCUCUCUCUCAUUUGUAGUUAUAUUGCAAAAGCUUUAAUAUUGAUAAAUAUUAUGAACUCGUGUCUAUGAAAGUGAAGUGAAGCGUGUUAUUAAGCGACUGACAUGACGGGGAGAAUAACAAUUAUUAUUAAUUGAGUCAGCAAUUUACCAAAUCGAUUAAUUUCAAAAAAAUAAAAAGAGAUAUGGAAGAUGUUAUGGCAUGAUUCAAGUAUCUAUAGAAAGGGUAGAAUGGCGAGUGGCGAAUCGAAAAAGAUAUUUCAUGCGAGGCGCGGCGACGCGACGCGACGCGACGCGAGGCGUCGGGACCGGAAGGAAAGGAUAAAUUCGCGGAUGCUCUGUGAAUCCUCGCAUAGUUAGCUCGGUCGAGGAUAUACCGAUGGGGCAGGACAGCGUUAUUACGGUCGAGAGGUAGCGAACGAGGAUGGAGGAGCACUCUUGCUGCCGACUAUCCGGAGAAUCCGUUGCCUCGGAUUGACGGUACGUGCUGGUGCCAGGCGCACGUACGAAACGCGAGAUAACACGGCUGCAUACGGAUAUGCACACAGGUUCACUUGACCGCUCAAAGGUCAUUCUGGAGCGCUUAUAUAUCGAUUAAGGACCAACUGACCUGAAUAUUCGACUGUUCUAACCACGUAUACCAGAGAAACGCGUGCAGCCGUUAUAUGGUGAAUAAUACGCUGGGGGUAAAGUAACAACACCAUCAAAAAUGAAUGGCCCUCCUCUCUCUCAACGAAGAAAUGAAUUUCCUCUCUCAAUACAGCGAGGAUAAGAUAGAAAUCAAUUUUUUUUAAUCAUCUUCGGUACAUGAACGUUCGAGUAAAAAUUUCAGCGACUUUUUCUUAUUAAGGCGUUUGGUUUUCGCUCCGAUAAUAGCUGUCCUACUUUUUCUCCUAGAUGCACCAGCUUUCUUUACGAUCGUUCUCCCUCGUAACCGAGUUUUUACUUCUUUGUCCUAGAUGUACAAAUUUCUGCAAACUUGCCAGUUCGAGGGGUCGACUUUCCUUUCGACACGUUCACUUACCCCGUUUAUUAAUUUCUUGGUAUUUAGGAGGGAACGUCGAUUGCUAUGGGAAAAAUUCAAUCCUACAGUCAGCACACAGAAACGAGGGAAAAUUUUCACUUGGUAUCAUUUGUCACCGACAUUUCGAAUAAUUUAUGAUAAAGAUGUUUAAUUAAUAUUUAAUUUUAUUUCGUGGUUAAUUAUUAUUUUUGGAUUUAAAAGUAUUCAAUUAAUAUAAUUGUGAUAGGAUGUUAAGGGGAAAUCAAUUUAGGUAGAAAUUGAAGGUAUCGUUUAACAAAGUAGCAAUUUGUCACGAGAAUAAUGGCACACUACCGAUAUAGCACCCUUCGGCUUACGUAGCCACCCUAAAUAACCAUCUGUAAUUACAGUUUCCAGAUUAAUGGUGGUAAUGUUAGGGCAGUCAAACGUCAUCCUUUGACUAGCCUCUGACACAUCAAUGAGAGGCUAAUAGCAAUUUACAUUAUUUACGUCAUAUGAGUCGAUUAAACACUGAGUAGGAAAUUGAUUACAUUCUAAUUGAUACUAGACCAUUUAAGUAUCUACUGCUAAUGCACCCUACAUAUUAAUUUUAAUAAUUCAUUCCGAUACUAUUUCAGAUGAUAUUAGAAAGAUAAUUUUUAAAUGAUCAGUGUACAAUUUAGAAAAUGAAAAUAAUAUGAAAUACAAAAUUACAGCUUACAAUUAGCUGUGGUUGAAUGUACGACAAAUCCAAUGGUGCCAAGUUCGAAUCCCCAGUUCUUCAAAAUUUUUUUUUUUUUUAUUUUUUAAAAAUAUUUUCUUCAUUUUUAUGUUUACUUAAAAAAUAUCUCUAUAUAUUUAAAGUUGUUCCAAAAAUGUUUGGAAAUUAUAAUAAAUUUCAAAAUUAAUAAUCCACAUACAUUCUUCGCGAAACGAAACGUGCUUCGAUCUCUUGAAUUCCAACUCGCAGACCUAGAUUCCAUCUUCGCGAUCAAUCCUGCAAAUUUCAAACGCAUUUAAUCAUAAAUAUUCAUAUACAAACCCGUACUCGAGCGACGAGUAGAUGAGCAGUUGCGAGAAAAAAAGAAGAGGAUCCGUCGAUAUCGCGUCAUUUUAAUUAAGCCACGUGUCGACAGACGGCGGUUCUUCAUUAUCGUCAUCGUCCUGUUCCGUUGUUUUCUCGAGGAAGACGAACACCCAUUUCGCGUAAUAGUGUUCAUUACACACCCCCUGAAAGAUUCUUGCAUGCAUUAGCGAGAUGAAAAUCACUCACGAGCCUCCGUUCGUUCCAUGCUCCACUUUCGCUGUUGUCCUUUUCAGUUCUCGCUGGGCCAUUCGAGGGCCCUUCUCGCUCGAUUAAACGUCUUCCAUCUUUAAGACGAACCAGUUUGUUUAAUCGUUAACCCUCGAAUAGGAAGAAGAAUUUAAUUAACAUUUCUGGAUCGUUUAAUCGUCACGUGCGUUGAUUCUCUCAUUUAUUCAAUAUAAUACCUAUAAUUCUUCGUAGUUAAUGCAUUUGCUCUGUAUAUUCAUCGAUUACCUUGGGAACGUGUCUGAAACGUAAUGAAAGGGUUCAGUGAAUAAUUUUUCAUUUUCCAAAGCAAAAUGAAACUGAUAGGAGGUUUCAAUUAACAUUGUCAAUUUAAUUUUAAAAAAUAAUUCAGAACUGGUAUCGUAACUUCUUCGAAGAGGGGAGUCCAGGAUUUUAAACCCCCUUACACCCCCUCCUUCAUUCGGCACUGAUAAUAAAUAAAUAUUCAUGUUACUAAUCUUAGAGCUGUUAGUAACUUUGCGUCUGUCAGAGAUGUCAAAUGGUGGGUCUCGGGGGUGAAAGUGUAUCGGUGAAAGGCACACCUCAAAGAUGACGAAAUCUUGAAUUUUUCCUACGCCGCGCUGGUUGUUUUUUUUUUCUAUAACAUAUGCGUGUUUUUUGCAUGCUUCGUUUAUCCGUUUCCGGUGGAAAGAAAAAUGGACAAUGUGGAUGGUGGCGAAUCGUUGGAUAACCUAGAAUACGACACAAACCUCGUUUCACGAGCGGAGAACCUUCGUAGAGUCCUGGGAGAAUUGCGAAACGCUCUACGAAUCGAAAGACUAAAUCUUCAUCAGGAAAUAGAAAUGACGAUAUUGCAAAAGUUUAUCGAACGUGGUAACUACCGAAGUUUGUCAGAUGGCACAAGAAGAAAUUUUUUAAUGGCCAACGUUGCACGGAACCCAAUGAAGUUUUCCAAAUUUCAUGAUCCGACGAGGGUGAACAAUCUCGCCUAUCUUGGGAGUUCGAUGUAUCAGAAAAUCAUCGACGAGUUACAAGAUGAACUGAACUUGUUGGAGCAGCGCCUUUCAGCAGCAACGUCCUGUUCCUACAAGAGGAAAAUUUACGACCUCGAGGCAAUCUGCUCAGCUGACCUCAACAGACUGAAGUCCAGGUUCGUGAGGUCCCUCCAGCCCUUCGGGAAUACGAUUCACUGGAUCGGGCAGCUUUCUCCGAGGAGAAUCAAGCCGACGAGUUGCCGAUGUACUACAAAGAAGCCUCCGAUGGAAGGAGCUAGCCUGAGGAACACCAGCUACGUUCGAUCGCUCGCUAUCCUGCGAUCCAAGUCGGCUGACACCAGUAGCGAUCAUCAGUCGUGGAAGAAUCAUAUUUAUCUGCAAAGAUACAGCGACAGUGAAAUGUACAGGAAUGUUUAUAAACCUGCGGUGUCUCUUGAAAAUUCGCAAAUCCUAUACUCAAGCGAUUCUGAAAGUAACUGGAAGAUGAGCAAGAGCAUAACAACGAUUUUUCCCAAAGUUUCUCGUGUUAUGUCCUGAAAUGUUUUAACAAAGAUCGUGAACCUUAAUAAAUAUCGUUUUAUAUAACUGAGAAAUAUGAAUAAUAAAUAAAUCUCAGUUCUAAUUAUAAGCAAGUAGUUGGAAACGAAGAAGCAAUAUUUUCUCAUGAUUCCCUUUUUAAAAUAUUAAUCGUCGUAGAAAAUCCGAUUUUGCAAUAUUAUUUUCAUCUUACUGUUCAUCAAACACCCUGUAUACCGUAAAUAAUCUGAAAAGUUCUUACGAACUUUCAGGAUAAUCUAAUAUCCCGAACGUUUCAUUCUCGUUCCAUCACGGAAAUAUAAUUUUCUGUAAGUCCCCAGAUACAUUUACCUUCCUUCCCGUAGUCACAGGAAAGGAGAAUUCUCUAAACAGAUUGCAUUCACUCGCAAAAGCGAUCCCUCCAUUCUCUUAGCUCGAAGAAAACGGAAGACGAAUUCGUCGACAGAGUUCAUAAGGAAGAUGCGUCUCGCGAUGAUCUCUCGGUUCGCUUAUUUUUGCGGCUUUUCGAAUAUAGAGCAGGUGAAUGCCAGUCUACGAGGAAUAUCUUGAAUAUGAGAUCGAUGUGUGCGCGUUCCAAUUCAGUGGUCGCGAUUCUCAGCACGCCGAAUGUCUUCGAUAAGACACUGGCUGGGGCUUGAAAUAUCGGUAAAAGGAUUUCCGGAAAUUUUCACUCACUUUUCUUACUGCUCUUUUAAAAUAAUUUAACUCGAUAUAGAUUUCUCUCGGACACUCGGUAUAAUUGCAUCGCUUUAUACCGUAAAAAUGGAGAUUCGGUUCCGAGGCAGGUAGAAAUAGAAGGUAUUCUCUUCCGCCGAGAAUAUUUCAUAGAGAGUCGAAAAUGGGCUUCGUUCCCGUAAUCCUCGCGCCCGUGGGUGGCAGUCUCCGGUGUUCCGCCAUAUCCGGCCUGGCUCUUCUGAAAUUGAAAACGAAACGGCGUGUCGUCGCGCGUGCUGAGUGAAAACGGAAGGAAAAAGGACGAGGAAAAGUGGAAUCUCGAAUUCCAUUGGAAGUUCACUCGGCCUAGCUGGUCGGUCAUUCGGAAAAUCUUCGUCUCCGAGUACCGACUAGCGUUCACCGGCUCUCUUGAAUCCAGACAGAAAUAGUUUUCGAUCUUCACUGAGUAUUAUUCCCUACUCUAGACGAAUACACUUACCUGGAAAGUUACUGCCCUUUGGGAAUUGAAUUCCAGUAUUUUUCCCAGGCUACCCUUGGAAACUUUCGUUACCAACCGACCGUAUGCACAGAGCCGACGAACGUUACGAUUUGCAUAUCUGUCGCGAAUUGUUGUUUUUCCUUCGUAUUUACGCUGCGUUGUUUCCUGUUGUCGGGAUAAAAAUUGCGUGCGAGGAAAAUGUGGAACGAAACAGAGAGCAUUGUUGAUGUAAAAAAUAGGCUUAGACGUAAAUCGCUUAAAAAAAGAAAAAAUACUGAUCGAAUUGAGUAACCUCCUGCUUUUUCGAAGUCGAUUAAAAAGAAUAAACUGAAAAUGUGGAAUACAGUUUUUCAUAUCAGUUUAUAAAUCUCUGAUAUUCGCAACUACGCUAUAUUUAUGUGGGUACUAUACAUUCAAAUAUCAAGAAACCGCAUCGAUUGAUGCGGUGACAUUCGUAUAACAAAAGAACGACGACUUACUAUCGAUUCGAUGAAUCAAUAGAUGGUAAUUUUUAUUUAGAAUAUUUCGAAUUUUUUCCUGUGUAGUUUGUUUCAAUGUAUAAAUAUUUGUGUUGACACUCCAUCAAACCUUUGUUUGAACAGUGCUAGUCAAGUUUUUAGAUUGAAUUUCAUGUAUUUUUACGCCUGGCCAAUUAUACGAGCUGGCUAUAUAGUGACCGCAGGCAGUUGUUGAAAUGGAAAAAUUGAUCUAUCAAAAUCGGACAACUGGUUUCUGAAAAAAUCACAGACGUACAAAGAGAACUUCGUUAUGCAUACCAUGUAUGAUGAACUGAUGAUACUUAAAUCGUAUGCAAAACUAAUUUAACCCCAGGCAAAAAGCGAAUGCAUCAGCCAGUAUUAAAUAAUUCAGAGGUGAAUAAAAUUUUGGGUUUUUCUAAUUUACUCCACUCUUAUAAAAGUGGUAUUCGAUUUUGAUUGGUCUUAAAUUAAAUAUUAAUUGUAUAAAAUUUCAAAUUCA